CUCACUUUGAACCUAUGUAGAUCGUGGUUGACUUUCCAUGUCGCUUGGGGAGGUUUGGAUAUCUAUAAAUGAGGCCGAUGGCGACCACUUUCCGUGUCUCUUCAUUCUGUACGCCGUGCUUGAGAUCAAAUAACUAUCGACAUGCAUUCAAAUUUGUUCCAGGCAACCCAAGCGGCGAGCUUGCUCCUCACGGCUGGCUCCUUGCUCCCUAUCGCAGCCGCAAAGACCGCGGCGGAAUGGCGUGAACUGUCCAUUUACCAGGUCUUGACCGACCGAUUUGCAACAACUGAUGGCUCUUCCCCAAGUUGUGGGAUCACAGACUACUGCGGUGGUACAUGGAAAGGGCUGGAGAAUAAGCUUGAUUACAUCCAGGGAAUGGGGUUUGAGGCAGUUUGGAUCUCUCCAGUCGUUCAUAACAUCGACGGGAGUACUCCUGCCGGCUAUGCGUAUCAUGGGUAUUGGGCUGAUAACCCUUACACGCUCAACGACCACUUUGGCACUACAGAUGAUCUUAAGAGCCUUUCAGAUGCUCUCCAUGGGCGUGGCAUGUCACUGAUGGUCGACGUUGUAAUCAAUCACUUCGGAUCAAUCCAGGAUUCAGGCUCGGUAGACUACAGUGCAUACCCUUCGCCGUUCGAUGCCGCGUCAGCCUUCCAUUCACCUUGCGCAAUUGACUAUACGAGCCAAACGUCCAUCGAGAAUUGCUGGGUUGUGACUUCGCCUGCCCCUUCUCUACCUGAUGUCAAUUCUGAAGACGCAUCCGUCUUCGGAGCUCUAGUGGAUAGUGUCGUUGACCUUGUUAGCAACUAUAGCAUUGACGGCAUCCGUCUUGAUACGGCCAAGCAUGUCCCAAAAGAAUACCUCACUCAGUUCCAGGAGGCAGUCGGUGUCUUUGUGACAGGAGAGGCCUUGGAUGGGGACCCAGCAUAUGUCUCGGGAUAUCAAGGCCCACUCAACAGCUUGAUCAAUUACCCACUCUGGUACGAUCUCAUCAGAUCUUUUAUGGGUGGGAGCUUCGAUGGCCUCGCAGCAAUGAUUAGCACUGAAGCUACAUCUUUCUCCGACGUUAACGUCCUGACGAACUUCCUCGAUAACCACGACCAACCUCGCAUUGCGAGCCAGUCCGGCGACGAUGAGGUCAAAGACAAAAACGCGGUGACAUUCCUGAUGUUCACUUCUGGGAUUCCUAUGGUCUACUACGGCUUUGAGCAGCGAUUCACCGGUGCAGCUGACCCAAACAACCGCGAAACGCUCUGGACCAGCGGUUACAACACCGACACGACGCUGUACAAGUAUAUUACACAACUACACGAGAUCAGGGACAUCGCGUCGAAUGUUACUGACAAGGCAACCUAUUUCUCCUCCAAUGUGGCAGUCCUUGGCACUUCGAACGAAUAUAUGGCCCUGCAGCGUGGGCCUGCCGUGGUGGUGGUGUCAAAUGUCGGUGCCGCGGGCACCAGUGACAGCUUCAGCGUCACAGGGUCGACGUUUUCUUCUGGAGACUCAAUUGUUGAUCUCCUAGACUGUACUGCGGCAACUGUUGGCGACUCUGGCGCAUUCACAAGCCCAUCGGCCAAUGGGGAAGCUAGAAUCUGGGUACAAACGGAGAACAAGGGCAGCUUCUGUCCUUGAGGUUAUGUGGUUGAAGAGAAUUUAUAGUUCGAAUAUAUGUUGAGGCGCUUCAAACUAUUUGGUCGGGUAAGACCUGGGUCAGCGGCUCAUCUCAGUAGCCUUGCAAGAAACUAUCGAGCCUCUGGUAGUAUUGUGAGCACGGUA